AUGCAGUCAUUCCUGUCCACCGGCACCUUUCCCUCUGGCAAGGAUUUUCAGCGAGCACUAAAAGCCAAGGAAAAGCUUGUCGAAUACUUGGCGCAUCUCGAUGCUGAAAAAAAGGUCAUGGAAGAAGCAUUGGCCAUCUACAAACGCGUUUUAUCUCCAGUCCGUCGCCUUCCCCCGGAACUGCUGAUGGAAAUUUUCUCAUGGACGAGAAAUUCACAGUCUUACCACGUUCAUCGUAUGAAGGGAAGUCCUUGGGUAGUUUCACAUGUUUGCAAAACAUGGCGGGCGGCUGCCCUUUCUUGCCCUGAACUUUGG